UAUUCGUCUCCGGGCCCGAUUCGAUUCUCAGUGUCUCUAGUAAAUGCUGCAGUGACUGUCCGCACCGAUGCCGUUAAAAGCCUCCGGUAUAUUCCCAGACCGUCGACGACGACGGAAAACUACGCCGAAUCAGAAAGACACCUACAACUUCAUAAUGGGUAGUAGCAAUUUGCAGAUUAAGUUCUGGACUAGUUUGAUUCAGUUACUUGCGUGGAAGUGAGUGAUAGUGAGAAAGAGUGGUGGGAAAAACUAUGGGGAGUAAAACCCUGUUUAAAUGGUCGAAGCAAAUUACUACUUCCCAAGUUGGGCAGCUGAUAAAAGCUGAGAAGGACCUCCAGAAAGCGCUCAUCAUAUUUGAUUCCGCAACAGCUGAGUACACCAAUGGUUUUCGGCAUGAUCAUAGCACGUUUGGGAUCAUGAUCUCUAGAUUAGUCUCUGCAAACCAGUUCAGGUCUGCGGAGGCGCUGCUUGAUAGGAUGAAGGAGGAGAAGUGUAGUGUUACGGAAGAUAUAUUCUUGUCUGUUUGUAGAGGGUAUGCUAGAGUUCACAGGCCACUGGAUUCUGUCAGGGUGUUCGACAAGAUGGAGGACUUCCGGUGCAAACCAACUGAAAAGUCUUACAUUACUAUAUUUGGGAUUCUUGUUGAAGAAAACCAGUUAAAGGUUGCUUUUAGAUUCUACAGGUAUAUGAGGAAAACGGGCAUUCCAGCUAGUGUUGUUUCACUUAAUAUCCUGAUUAAAGCGCUUUGUAAGAACAGCAGUUCCAUGGAUGCAGCUCUUCGGAUACUUCGUGAGAUGCCUGAUCAUGGGUGCACCCCUGAUUCAUAUACAUAUGGUACUUUGAUUAAUGGAUUGUGCAAGUUAGGAAAGAUUGGUGAAGCAAAGGAGCUAUUCUGUGUGAUGGGAACAAAAGGCUGUUCACCGUCUGUUGUUACGUAUACUUGCUUGAUACGUGGUUUGUGCCAAAAUAACAAUUUGGAUGAAGCUGUGGAAUUGUUUGAAGACAUGAAUGACAAAGGUAUCGCCCCAAAUGUGUUUACUUACAGCUCUUUGAUGGAUGGUUUUUGCAAGGGUGGACGUUCUUCAGAAGCAAUGGAACUAUUAGACUUAAUGAUUAGUAAACACCAUUUGCCCAACAUGGUUACUUAUAGUACUUUGCUUCAUGGACUCUGUGAAGAAGGGAAGCUUCGAGAGGCUUUGGAGAUUCUGGACAAAAUGAAGCUGCAGGGCUUGAAACCAGAUGCAGGGCAGUAUGGGAAAAUAAUAACUGGCUUCUGCAAUGUUUCCAAGUUCCAAGAAGCAGCAAACUUUCUUGAUGAGAUGGUCCUUGGUGGGAUUUCACCCAACAGAUUAACCUGGAGCCUUCAUGUUAGGAUCCAUAAUGCAGUGGUUCAAGGCUUGUGCAGUAGUGCCAACCUAACUCGAGCUUUUCAGUUGUAUCUUAGCAUGCGCACCAGGGGUUUCUCAAUUGAUUUGGAAACUUUUGAUACUCUAGUGAAAUGCAUUUCUAAGAAAGGUGACCUGCACAAAGCUUAUCGAAUUGUUGAUGAGAUGGUGCUUGAUGGAUGCAUUCCAGACUAUGGAAUUUGGAAUGCUGUGGUCAAAGGGUUUUGGGAUCGCACAAAGGUGCGUGAACCUGCCGAGUUGUUGCAAGCUGAGCUGAUGAGCGAAUUAGCUGAUGAAUUCUGACCUAUUAAGUGCUCAGGUACACUUGUAUCCCUUAUCAUAAACAUUUAUCUACCCCGACAUUGCUUUGUUACUCUUCACAAAUUAUACAAUAGUGAGAGCAAAAUAAGCUCCUGGACAUGUUAUGAUCGUC